UGUAUAACUAGAAUAAGAUGAUUAUAAGAAUUGGUUAUUUAAAUAAUUUAGUUGGAACUACUUUAGCAUCUUGUUGCCUGACACUGUGUAUAGGAAAUUUGCUAAGCUGGAGUUCGCCGGUAAUUCCUAAACUUCAAAACAUUUCAUCCGACAAUCCAUUUGGUAAAGUUGUCACAGCAACUCAAGAAUCAUGGCUAACAUCACUCGUUACCUUAGGAGCAGUUAUAGGAUGCUGGGCGUUUGGAGCUAUAUCGGAAGUUAUCGGAAAAAAAAUAGUCUACAGGUCUCUUGGAGUAUUUAUAGUAUUAGGCUAUGUACUUAUGAUAGCCAUUCAUAAAGUAGAGGUGUUUUAUGUAGCGAGAUUUUUACAAGGAUUUGCUAUGGGAGGAGCAUUUUGUUUAAUCUAUCCAUAUAUGGGAGAAAUAACUAGUAAAGAAAAUAGAGGAGCGAUAAUGACAAUACUUGGUAUGAUGAUUAGUGCUGGAGCACUCUUUUGCUAUGCUGUCGGUCCUUACGUAUCCGUAACAACUUUAAACACGAUUGAAAUAAUAUUUCCCAUAGCUUUUUUAGUUACUAGCUUGUUAUUUUGUGAAGAAUCGCCAUAUUACUUUUUGUUAAAAAAUAAAGAGGAACUAGCCAAGAAGGCUUUGAGGACUUACAGAGGUUCUAACUAUAAUGUGGAAGACGAUAUUAAUGAAAUGAGAAAACAAAUAUUAGCUCAACAGGAAGGGAGCAUUAUGGACAUUAUUAAAACAAGGGGGUACAUAAAAGCGUUUAUUAUUGGAAUCGGAUUGGUAAUUGGUCAACAAUUAACCGGCAUUAAUGCAGUAAUCAUGUAUAGUCAGAUAAUUUUUGUACUAACAGGUUCCAGCUUCUCACCGGAAAUUGGAUCCAUAAUUAUAGCAGUUAUACAACUAUUAAGUGGUAUGAUAACGCCGUUUAUAUCUAACAAAUUUGAUAGAAAAACUAUUUUACUGUGGUCUGGAUUAGGUAUGAUAAUAUCUGAAACUACAUUGGGAAUUUACUGCAUCUUUAAAAAUGCCGGUAAAGCUUCAGAUUCGAUAAAUUUCCUUUCAAUUUUAGCUCUUACUAUGUUCAUGAUGAGUUACAAUUUCGGUUUCGGCCCUUUGUGUUGGGUGGUGCCUGUAGAAAUAUUACCAAUGAGAGUCAAAAUAUUGACAAAUUCAGUGUUAUUAUCCAGUUAUUUCGGAAUUGGAUUUUUGAUUUCACAAUUUUUUAAUUCUGCUAUCGAAGCUGUUGGUAUUGGAGGUAUUUUCCUUUUCUUUGCUGGUUGUUGUUUUGCUACGUGUUUGUUUAUUAAAUUUUAUGUGAUAGAAACAAGGGGAAAAUCUCUUGAGGAAAUACAAGAUAUUUUGAAUGGAACAAUUUGUUUAAAGUAAAUUAUUUUAUUCGAAAUUCAUGCUGUAAUUAAAUAUUUUUAACUAUAAAUAUGCAGUGGUCAUCAUAAGUGUUUUUCACCCUCCCCUCUACGUCCAAACUUUUUGAAGAAUUUCUCAGAUUUUUCCUUCGAUUACACCAUUCAUUUUUAAACAUAUAGUUUUAGUAAAUUGACAGUUUCAAAUUGGAUAGGAACAUGCAUAAUGUGAUAGUGAUAUUGAAAUGAAAGCAAUUUGUUAAUUCGCUCUAGAGUGUAAUAGCCUGCCAA